ACGUUCGUCAAAAAUAAGCUAAGUUAGCAACGGUAAAUCGAGCUAGUAAGUGCUAUGGUUCGGUGUAAUAAUAAAACGGCCUCUAUAUGAAGUGAUAGUAUAGAAACCGCAUAGGCUAACUGUCAGUCAGCCGAUCGCUAUAAUAGGUAAACGUAGAUAAAGUUGGGUUUGCAAUCUAGCGUUGAUGUUACACAAUGGUUACUGCUAGCGCAUAACCGCAGCUAGCUAGCCAGCGUUAGCAAACAAGCGUUCUGUAACUGUCCUACGUUAGUUUUGUGAAGUAGCGCCAGGUAGUUGUCGUUAUCCGCCUAAAACCAGCUUGUGCCUUCCGGUUACAGGCGGUGAACGUUUGGCUUCAACACCCAUUGUGUUUUUUCUUAGUUACCAUACGGAGUAUAAACGUUGAAUAGGUAGAGAUAAUGCAUCACGUCAAGAUCAAGACUGAAAGGCCAGAUUUAGAGGGGACUGGUGCACGCAGCAGAUUGGAUGCUGUGCUAAAGGGACUGGUUGAGAAGACUGAAAAUGAAAGGGAGCAAAAUGAGGGUGACACUGGAAAAAUAUCCACAGACUCUUUAAACAAGGAUUUGUCUCCAUCAUCUGCUGGAAAAAGGCAAGUACCUUCAGCUCGAUUUCCACAGCACCGAAGGAAGAAGCGAAAAGAGAUGGACGAGGGAAUACCAGAGAGCAAUCAGCAUAAACAAAAUGCUUACAUUAUUAAGCUGUUUGAUCGCAGUGUGGAUCUAGCUCAGUUCAACACCAGCACCCCACUUUACCCUAUCUGCCGUGCCUGGAUGAGAAACAAUCCUGCUGUUCGAGAGCCAGCUGCUUCCCCAAGCCCCCCACACAGCAUGGUAGAGGAAGAGGUCACAGACAUGAUCAAUGGUAAAGGUCAGAAUGUGUACAGACUCCCUCCUCCAACCUCCUGUCCAGUCAACACUUCUGGUGAACCCAUCAAUCUCAGGAUCCCACAGACUGAAAAACCCACUGUUACCAAGUUAACAGAUUCAGUUCCUGUAUCAGGUUCUCUCAUAUGCGACCACAUGGAACGUUGGAAAAAGAUACGGCAAAAAUGGAAGGAGUGCUCCAACAAGAACCAAUUAAGAUACAGCGAGAGUAUCAAGAUCCUAAAAGAGAUGAAGGACCUCUACGAUCGCUAACUUGCCUCCUUGUAGCUCCCCACCACAGAAUGGACUCUAUGCGGUCAGAGCCAUGGCGUUGGCCUCUGUGUGAAUACAACAGCCAUCUGAACAGUCAGACCCAGAGGGAAGCAUUGACUGAUCCUGGAGCCUUAAAUUGACCAUACGUCCUAUGCAUUGCAGAAUUAUUAACAUGAUUUUUCUUUUGAAAGAUGUUUAGGUUUGUCACAGUUUCUUUUGCGGAAAUGUCUUCUAGUGUGAUGUGGGGCUGUUUUAUUUUGAUGAAAAUCCUGCACAUAUGUCUGAAUAAAUUAACUCUCUCAUCAGAAGUGUUUUUCCACAAAAGCUGUGACUUGUGCAUCCUUAACAUGAAGACUGAUUAAAAGUCCUUUGUGGUCCCUUA